CAUUCAACCAUGGCUGCCCAUAUUUAUCUCUCUAUAUGUUUCACAAUCCUUCACCUCGUUUCUACGUUGGCUGAGUCUGAUAAUUACAUCAUCCACAUGGACAUAUCAGCCAUGCCCAAAGCAUUUUCUGACCGACAUAGUUGGUAUCAAUCCACUCUUUCUUUAGCCUUGGACAAUUCCAAAGCAAUCAAUAAUCUUAACUCUAUUUCUUCAAAGCUGAUUUACACGUACACCAAUGUCAUGCAUGGUUUCAGUGCAAAUUUGUCACCUAAAGAGCUUGAAGCUCUCAAAAGCUCCCCAGGUUACGUUUCUUCCAUGCGAGAUUUGCCUGCUAAGCGUGACACAACACACUCACCUCAAUUCCUUGGCCUCAAUCCCAAUGUAGGGGCAUGGCCAGUUGCUAAGUUUGGCAAAGAUGUGAUUGUUGGUCUAGUGGACUCUGGAAUUUGGCCAGAAAGUGCAAGCUUCAAAGAUAAUGGGAUGACCAAAAUCCCAUCAAGGUGGAAAGGCCAAUGUGAAAAUAGCAUCCACUUCAACUCAUCACAAUGCAACAAGAAACUCAUUGGAGCAAGGUUCUUUAACAAGGGUUUAUUGGCCAAGAAACCCAACAUCACCCUAGGUGUGAACUCAACCCGUGACAUAGAUGGUCAUGGAACUCACACAUCAAGCACUGCAGCUGGGAACCAUGUUGAGGGUGCUUCUUACUUUGGCUAUGCUGCUGGAUCUGCAACAGGAAUAGCUUCACAUGCUAGAGUAGCCAUGUAUAAGGCCUUGUGGGAAGGUGGAGCCUACUCAUCUGAUAUAAUAGCUGCAAUUGAUAGUGCAAUAUCAGAUGGGGUAGAUGUCAUUUCAUUAUCAUUAGGCUUUGAUGAUGUCCCUUUGUAUGAAGACCCUAUCGCUGUAGCCACGUUUGCAGCCAUAGAGAAGGGCAUUUUUGUGUCCACAUCAGCAGGGAAUGAAGGGCCUUUUCUUGGAACCUUACAUAAUGGAACUCCAUGGGUGAUAACUGUGGCUGCUGGCACUUUGGACCGUGAAUUUCAUGGGAUUCUUAAGCUUGGCAAUGGACUCCAAAUAACUGGCUUGUCUACCUAUCAUGGAAACUUCUCUUCUAGCCAUGUUCCAAUUGUUUUCAUGGGCUUGUGUAACAAAUUAAAUGAACUAAUCAAAGUGAGAAGCAAGAUCGUGGUGUGUGAAGACAAGAAUGGAACCAUUUUUGAUCAAGUGUCUAAUGUUGAUGAAGCAAAUGUUGUCGCGGCAGUGUUCAUAUCAAACAGCUCUGAAAGUUUAUUUUUCUUAGAAAAUAGGUUUGCAUCCAUAAUUAUUAACCACACAAAUGGAGAAAUCGUCAAAUCUUAUAUCAAGAGUAACUCUGAUUCAAAAGCAAGCAUGUCUUUUAAGAUAACAGUUUUAGGUACAAAACCAGCACCUAGUGUGGAUAGUUACAGUUCUAGAGGGCCUUCAGAAAGUUGUCCGUUUGUGUUGAAACCGGACAUCACUGCUCCUGGUACAUUAAUCUUAGCCGCAUGGCCUCAAAAGGUUCCAGUGGCUGUGUUUGGGUCAUAUAAGUAUUUUAGCAACUUCAAUUUGUUAAGUGGCACAUCCAUGGCAUGUCCUCAUGUUGCAGGUGUGGCAGCACUUUUAAAAGGAGCAUACCCUGAUUGGAGCCCUGCAGCUAUUAGAUCAGCCAUUAUGACAACAUCGGACAUGUUUGACAACACUCAGGAACUCAUCAAAGAUAUUGGUAAUGAUUACAAAGUAGCCUCACCUUUAGCCUUGGGAUCUGGUCACGUAAAUCCCAAUAGAGCCCUUGACCCUGGACUUGUUUACGAUGUAGAAGUACAAGAUUAUGUUAAUCUUCUCUGUGCACUAAACUUCACCCCGAAGAACAUCAGUGCCAUCACCAAAUCUUCUUCCAAUGAUUGUUCCAAACCGUCUUUGGAUCUCAACUACCCUUCUUUUAUUGCUUUCUUCAAUGGCAACAGUUCUCAAAAAGAUUCGAGGGAAGUACAAGAAUUUCAAAGAACAGUGACCAAUGUUGGGGAGGGAGGAACAAUCUAUGUUGCUAGCGUUACACCCAUCAAAGGGUUUCAUGUUACAGUCAUCCCUAAUAUGUUGGUUUUCAAGGAGAAGAAUGAGAAACAAAGUUACAAAUUAAGAAUUGAAGGUUCAAUAAAGAAGAAAGAGAAGAAUGUAGCUUUUGGGUACCUCACUUGGAGGGACGCAAAGCAUGUGGUCACGAGCCCCAUUGUGGUGACCGCGCUCAAAUUCAAUUUUUAGAUCAAUAUAUUGUG